CGAGACACGAGACACGAGACACGAUUCUGCCAAGCGCAGCACCAAGUGGGCUGCAGGACCGUGGAUGCAAGUCAGAGCUCGCUCCUCGCACGUGGUGCCACGCCCGCUGCCACGCCGGGUGUCGCUGGAGCCAAGUUGGGCCAAGUUUGGCCAAGGAGGCUUGUCUGCUUCCCUUCUUCUCUUGUCUUUGUUGUCUUUGUUUCUCGCUCAACCUACUUUGCUCGGGGCCAUGACUCAGUUCGACCCGGUCCUGCAUUCUAGUUUCCGAUUUGAAGCGGUUAGUUGCGAUGCCAUGAUGGUGAAUGCAUUUGCAAUGGAGACGACAAUGUCUGCAGUAUAGACGUUAGCGCACAGCUGCCGUCGCGAGGCGGCAUGGGCUGUCCAAGGCUGGAGGCCACUGAGUGCACUGGAACCGAAAUUACCUGACACACUGGUCCGGUCCAACUGUCACGUUGCUUUCCUCCGAGGCCGAAGGUCCACUAGUUCGUCUCGCUUGACCGGGGUGAGAUGCCACUGUCUGGCCAGCUAAAGCACCGCUAGUGGACAGAACC